GGAGAUUAAAGGUUAGAGGUUGUCAAGAUGGCAGCGCCAGGUGGAGGAAUGGGUGGUCUGGGAUCGCUGGGGGCCACAGAGGCACUCUCAGUUGCUCAAGCUCUGUCCCUUCCUGCAGAGGCUUAUGGGAAUGAUCCUAAUGUGGAGAUGAUCUGGGCAAUGAAAGCAUAUCAACAUGCAGAGGUGUACUUUAAUCUAAUUUCAUCUGUGGACCCCCGACUUCUGAAACUUACCCGAUUAGAUGAUGUUAUAUACACAACAUUCCGGGAGCAAUUUCCUGAGCUUCAAAUAGAUGUACUGGAUCCUGAUGAUCUUAAGUCUUCUGCUGCCAAAGAGAAAUGGCGACCCUUCUGCAUGCAGUUUGAGAAAGAGGUGGAAGAUUUCAACUAUGGGACAUUAUUACGACUGGAUAGCACCAAGGAUUAUACAGAGGAGAACACUAUAUUUUCUACUCGGAUCCAGUUUUUCGCCAUUGAAAUAGCUCGGAAUAGGGAAGGAUUUAAUGACGCCGUUUUUCGUCACAUAACGCCUGCACCUAAGACAGUAUGAGACUCAGCAGAUUUGAUAACCUUGUACCAAGAACUAAGACAAUAGGGUCCUGGGAGGAGAUUUAAUUAAUCCUAUUUUCUUUCUGUCUAUUUGGUAUUCAUCUACAUCAUGUUGGCAGUGGCUGUGUGCAUUUAAGUUUAAUGGGACAUAAAAUAGCUUGUAAUAACAACAAGACUUUUUGGUAGUCUUGCAACAAAUUAACAGAUUGGCUGAGUUUGAAACUUUCUGAAUACGUUAACCUGUUUGGUGCAAUUGCUUAAAGGACUAUUAAAUACAGAAGAGUUGCAUAAUCUAUAAAUGCACAGCAAAAAGACAAUGCAAUAGCACUUACUCUGAACUUUAAAUUAUAAGUAGAUUUUCUUUACUGAAAAUGGUUUCAAUUUCCUUUCCCACUGUACCACGUGACAGCCAUCAGCCAAUUACAGACUCAUCCAUAUAUAAUUUGAACUCUUGUAUAUGCUCAGUAAAAGAUGUUGCCUCAAAAAGUGCUUAUAAAAAUACUUAGCACAAAUUGAUAAUGUAAGACAAUUGGAAAGUUUUCUGGAUAUCUGAUCCAAUAUUUUUCCUUCAUAAUUCAGAUAGAGCAUCCAAUUUUAAGCAACUUUCCAAUUUACUUCUUUAAUCAAUUUGGCUUUAUUUUCUUGGUAUCCUUUAUUGAAGGAACAGAAAUGUUCUAUUGGGAGUCAGUUGAACACAUCUGUAAGCCCAUGACAAGAGACAUAUAUGCAGCCACCAAUCAGCAGCUAGUUCCCAGCUCCUGGGCCUACUUAGGUAUACUUUUUAACAAAGAAUACCAAGAGAACUAAGCAAAUUAGAUAAUAGAAAUAAAUUGGAAAGUUGUUUAAAAUUGGAUGCUCUGUCUAAAUCAUGAAAGAGAAAUCUUGGGUUUCAUGUUCAACUACCAAAACCAUCACUUGCCCUAUUUGGAGAAACCAAUAUAGACUGACUUACUUAAGUAGACAAGGCUAGACCCUGUUAUUUUGUUACAGUACCGCCAGGCAGUUUUUAUAUUGCAUAUGCUGAGACAAAUUUAGUGACAGAUAUUUAGCAGGGUUAGUCUGGUGUAGUCUGCAUUGUACAUGUCUAAUUCUUUAAGUAUUUAAAUAAAUUGCAUAUGUUUUUUUACUACACAUAAUUAAACAUUUUUAUUAUAA